AUGGCUCAUUGUGAGCGGGCAUCGAAGCCACUGCUUCAAUGCCUCCAGAGGACCUGCACCAAAGGCCUUCCCGGCCUCCAGGUGCAGUCCACCCGGGCCUUCCAAACAACCGCUCUUUUGCGCGAGGAGGCCCAGACCGAGGCCAAGAGCCAGCCAUUCUACAAAUCCCCUGAUCCGGCACUGGUGACGAGUCCCAGGCUGGAGCGACGCCUGUUACGACAAGGAAUCGCUCCUGUGGGUUCCCGUCGACGUCGCGCGGCCCUGCAAAACUCCGCCAACAUUCCCUUCGAGCAAUUGCCCUACCAGUGUUUCCAAGAGGCACGGAAGGUCCUCCUGGCGGACCGCGAGGAGAAACUGAAGCAGAUCGCUGCGAUGAGUGAGAAGAUUGCAAAGUUGGAGGCGGUCCCGACCGAGCAGGCCGGAGGGGAACAAGUUAAGAAGUCGAAGCUGCGGGCAAUGGAGCUUCAUUUGGAUCAUCUGAAAAUCCUGGCAGACGCCAACGAUCCGUUGGUGAAGAAGAAGUUUGAAGACGGGCAGGGUGACAUGAGCAAGCCUAUCUACCGCUACUUGGCCGAUCGGAAGUGGAGGGAAUACCGCCGCAAGAUCCUCGUCCAAAGAAUUACCCAGAUGAAAGUCAUUCCCGACGUCCUACCUCACUGCGAUCCGAUCGUCGACACCAAGCUCUACUUCGGUCGCAACAUGGUGCAGCCGGGAGAAUUCGUCAACUCCCAAGAGAGCACGUCAGCUCCCAAACUGGACGUGCAACUCUUCGACCGGGGUGAGAAGCUCGUGACUAUCGCGGUCGUCGACCCCGAUGUACCCAACGUCGAAAAGGACGGAUUCGACUACAAGACGCAUUACCUGGCCGUCAACAUCCCGAUCUCAGCCACGUCCACCAAGGUCGACCUCUCCAAGCUGUCGACCGAGUCGCAAGUGGUUCUUCCCUGGCUGCCCCCGGUUGCGCAGAAGGGAAGCCCCUAUCACCGGCUGUCCCUGUUUGUGAUGGAGCAGAAGGACUCGCAGCCGCUGGACUUUGCCGCCGUGAAGGCCAAGGAGACCGACCGCGAUAACACGCUCCUCCGCACGCUCCAGGCGCGGUAUCACCUGAAGCCGAUUGGUGCGCACCUGUUCCGCACCCAGUGGGAUGAGACGAUGGAGGCGGUGAUGAAGCAGCUCGGAUACCCCGAAGCGGACAUGGAGCUGCGUCGGAAGCGCGUCGAGCCUCUCCCUUACAAGCGCAGAAACCCCUCCACGUUCCGGUGA